AUGGUCUCCUGUCCCAUAUGUGGGAAGUCCGUCUCACAAUCAAAGAUUAACGACCAUAUCGAUUCAGAAUGUCAAAGCUUUGUGGAAGAGCCAUCAUCUUCUCCCGGAGAGUUAUCAGCUCAAACAGCUGUACCGAGCAUCUUUCAAUCAGCCUCAGCCCGCAAAGCUUCGGCGCAAGCAAAUAUAAAGAGGGAAUUCCCACAGAAUAUUACUACGCCACGUCCGCUCAACAACAAGAGACCAAUAGCAUCGAGCCCUUUCGAGCCCUCAUCUAGUGCUAAACAAUCAAAUGGGGACUCAACAGAGCCAAGAGCAGCGAAACGCCCUAAGGUCAACUCUUUCCAUAAAGCAGCCCCCUUGCCUGAGAGAAUGCGACCCAAGACUCUCGACGAGGUAUGCGGUCAGGAGCUUGUCGGUCCUACUGGUAUUCUUCGUGGACUGAUUGAACAAGAUCGAGUACCGAGUAUGAUAUUGUGGGGCCAUGCUGGAACUGGAAAGACAACUAUUGCUCGGGUCAUAUCAUCAAUGGUCGGGAGUCGAUUCGUGGAGAUCAACAGCACAAGCUCUGGGAUAGCGGAGUGCAAGAAGAUCUUCGCCGAAGCUCGCAGUGAACUUGGUCUUACAGGAAGAAAGACAAUUAUUUUCUGUGAUGAGAUUCAUAGAUUCUCUAAAACACAACAAGAUGUUUUUCUCGGACCAGUUGAAAGCGGUCAGGUGACUCUUAUUGGCGCCACCACUGAGAAUCCAUCCUUCAAGGUGCAGAAUGCACUUCUGUCUCGAUGCCGAACGUUCACUCUAGCAAAGCUUACAGAUGAAGAUAUUGGGGCUAUUCUCCAACGGGCCUUGAAAGUGGAAGGCCCAAAGUACUCUCCUUCCAGCUUAGUGGAUGACGAGUUGAUUCAAUACCUCGCCAAAUUUGCGGAUGGGGAUGCUCGCACCUCUCUCAAUCUCCUAGAACUGGCCAUGGAUCUCUCUAAAAGACAGGGAAUGUCUAAAGAAGACCUCAAGAAAUCAUUGACCAAAACCCUCGUCUAUGAUCGUGCUGGCGAUCAACAUUAUGACACAAUAUCCGCGUUCCACAAAUCUAUUCGCGGAGGUGAUGCGGAUGCAUCACUAUACUACCUUGCCCGCAUGAUCCAGUCUGGUGAAGAUCCCCUUUUUAUCGCUCGCCGACUGAUUGUCGUUGCUUCCGAGGACAUCGGCCUAGCGGACAAUACUAUGCUGACACUGGCUAUAUCUACACAUACGGCCGUUGAAAAGAUCGGACUCCCCGAAGCCCGCAUUAAUUUGGCCCACGCCACUGUUGCCAUGACCCUGUCGAAAAAGAGUACGCGCGCAUACCGGGGCCUUAAUAACGCUUUUGCUGCGUUGAACGAACCGGGUGUGGCUGGCUUGCCCAUUCCUGUUCAUCUCAGAAAUGCCCCAACAAAGUUAAUGAAGGAAUUGGGUUACGGUAAGGAAUACAAAUACAAUCCGAAUUAUGUGGAUGGUAAGGUCAAGCAAGAAUAUCUCCCAGACCAGCUUCUUGGGCGCAGUUUCUUAGAGGACUUGGAUUUGGGCGCAGAGCGAGAUCCCGAUCUAAGAAGAAACCUUUGA